CUAAUCUGCGUUAUUUACCGUGUAAUAAAAUUGCAGCAGUUCACAUAAAAAAACAGCAGAUACCAGAUUCACCACUCUGGCUAUGGCUGUCAUCCUUCGAGUUCGUUCUUUCUACGUUGUGGUGAUGCUGUUGACGGUGGCUUUGGUGUGCGCCCAAAAUCGGGAAUGCGGCCGAAACCACUUCAAAUGCCACGGUGCGUCUCAGGUUCAGCAGUGUGUGGACGGCGUACCCAUGGGUCCCCUUGAGCAAUGCGAUGCUGGCUUUGUGUGCGAUCCCAAUUCUGAGUGGGUGCCGUGCGUGCCUGAGCCUGAAGACGUUUGCUGCGGCCAAGGAUUUUUCCCCGUCAAAGGAUCCUGCUCUCUUUUCAUCAGCUGCGUUCCCGACGGUGAAAAACUGGUGCGACACGUCGUUUCCUGCGCCCUUGACUACACAUUCAGUGCCCAAAAAGGGGUUUGUGAGCCGACAGCUGAAUCGUCAGCCAACUGUCUGGAGGAACAGACGACUGUUGCAUCGAGCACGACGACAACAACUAUGAUAGCAACCCCAACGACUAGCCUGAGCCCAAUGACGUCGACGGAGUCGAGCACGAAGACCACAGCAGCGACAACAACGAAGAGGCCGAGCACCGAGUCUAUAAAACCAGUUUGCUCAACGCCUGGUCACUACCCCGACCCCGAAAGUUGCAGGCACUAUUACGUCUGCUCGUGGGCCGCAGGGGGCGGCGUAAAGGCCACGAGGACGCAGUGCAUCGCAAAUUUGUUCUUUGACGUCAAGCUGAACCAGUGUGUUUACAACACUAAUUGCGGCACGCGCAAAUAUAAAUGACAAUCUGAUGUGCUUCGUGUGUUCUGGUGCUAAUUUAUUGGUGUUUUGCAAGACCAUGAUAUGAUUGAGAAAAAUUUGUUAUCAUUACUUUGUCACCAUUUUUAAAAGGCGUAGAUAUGAAAAUACAUCUCCAAAAUAAAA